AUGUCCCUGUCCCUUGAGACCACCGACGUUGCUCCCGCUCCGGUCCCCGUCCCGGUACAGGAUGGCCCAGCUCUCGGCUCCAAGUCGCGGAUGCCCGAGUUCAGCCUAGCUGGGAAGGUGGUCUGCGUCUCCGGAGCCGCCCGCGGUUUGGGGUUGACGCAGGCCGAAGCUCUGCUCGAAGCCGGGGCCAAGGUGUAUGCGCUUGACCGUCUCGCGGAACCAUCCCCCGAGUUCGCCAUCAUCCAGAAACGCGCGCAAGCGGAACUGGGAACAGAGCUACACUACCGUCGCAUUGACGUGCGCGACACGGAGCUGCUGAACACCGCCAUCGAGGCCAUCGCCAACACGGAGGGCCGGAUGGAUGGGCUGGUCGCCGCCGCGGGGAUCCAGCAGGAGACCUCUGCGUUGGAGUACACGGCCGAGGACUCGAACCGGAUGUUCGAGGUGAACGUUACAGGGGUGUUCAUGACCGCGCAGGCCGUCGCAAAGCAGAUGAUUCGCUUUGGGAACGGCGGCAGCAUUGCACUGAUUGCCAGUAUGAGUGGUACAAUCGCCAAUCGGGGUCUCAUCUGUCCCGCGUACAAUGCUAGCAAGGCUGCUGUGAUCCAGCUGGGUCGCAACCUCGCCAUGGAGUGGGGGCAGUACAAUAUCCGGGUCAAUACGAUCUCCCCGGGAUAUAUCGUGACGGCGAUGGUGGAACAGCUGUUUGUGCAGUUUCCCGAGCGUCGUGAGGAGUGGCCGAAGCACAACAUGCUGGGCCGACUGUCCACGCCCAACGAAUACCGGGGCGCGGCGGUCUUCCUCCUCAGCGACGCCAGCAGCUUCAUGACGGGCAGCGAUCUGCGCAUCGACGGCGGCCAUGCCGCGUGGUAG